GUCGACUAUCUCUCUGGAUCCGUCAGAACGACAACUACGCACUGCUCCUUCAUAUCCGGUGUAUUCAAGCUGCUCGUGAGCAACAUGGCGACAUCACGCCGCGCCUUUCAAUCCUUAUAUGAUCUCUCCAGAGUUCCGACUUCAAGAUACAUCUGUCGAACAUGCAGGGAUCGCCUGCAAUUCAAUGCGAAGCAGACUCGCGGAAUUUCUAGCACAACCAAGGCCACUACCUCCUCCGACACCGACACCGUACCGGUGCAAAGCUACGUCGAAGCUCAAACGUGGGAUGGACUAGAACACGUUGGACAUCGCGGCCAUUGGAAAGACAUCCCUGCAAAACCACAGGAUCAAUUUGAACCCUGGCUUUUGAAGGACGACACAGCAACUCCUGAUCGUACAAAUCUUCUGGCUUCGCUAUAUAUUGCAGUGGUGGAUUGCCUUGCAUACAAAGAGAUUAUACAGCAAGGUCGCAAACCGAAAAGUUUUUUGGUCAGAGGAUUAAGCCCAAUCGGCGCCGAUGCGUACAAUGCAGUCAAGAUCGUUUUGUCUCCAACCGGUACCUUGUCGCACCUCGAGGAUCCGACAGGAGUCCUGCAAAAUCCCGGACCCCCGGCAGAAGACAAGUCUGUUGAGCUUCCCUUAUCCGAUAUCAUGGAGCUGCUGUCGAAGGCGAGAUUCGACUUUAAUGAUCCGAUCACGCUCUCUGUUGUCAAACAAUAUUCCCGAAUAUCCUCUAUUCCCAUUCCCGAUCCCGUUCUGAACACCGUCAUGCGCACCAACAAAUCUCUUCUCGACUUCGUCAAUCUGCUUGACACCGCCUCCAAGCCGAAGCCACAGAAAACAGCAGACAUUCUCAUUGCAAAGCAGCUCAAGGCGCUGCGCUGGACCGCGAAGGCCGAAGACGAGUCUCAAGCACUACCAGACCCUGAAUCCAAAAGUGAAGUUGAGAACACAAAGCCGAAGAGAAAGGUUCCACAGCCUCUCGGACCGAAUGUCAUGGUCCUCUCACGCCGCGAAACGCCCGUGGACAAAGAGAAGGAGAUUGGCAGGUGGAAGGUGAUUGAGCGAGAACUCAGAGCUAAAGGGCUGCCGGUGUUGGGGCAUAAGAACCUGGCGCCGCAACGGGAGGGCUGGGAGCAGACUGUCAACAAUACAAGCUAAGUGAAGGCGGAAUCGUGUUAACCUUCACAAAGGUCACUGGUGUGCCAGACUUGUGCCAUGCUGAAAGCAUGUUAAUGGCCGAUUCGUCCGAAGCAUCUGGGGAAUACCGGAGGUGUGCUGAGCGUUGCUGUUUAAGGGGCGAGGAAGGGUUACAAAAUCCUUUGGCAGGCUAAAGCAACGAUAGAUGUACACUAUAUAUUCUUGUCAAUCUAUAUAUCC